CCGACAGCGGUCCUGACUGCGAGCGCGUUGCGCGGCUGGAGGAGGAGAAUAGCAGCUUGCGCGAGUUGGUGGAGGACCUGCGCGCUGCGCUGCAGAGCAGUGAUGCGCGCUGCCUAGCACUGCAGGUCGGGCUCUGGAAGAGCCAGGCGAGCACCCACGAGAUGGAGCGCGGCGGACCGGAGGCUGCGGUGCGGGAACUGCGGCAGGCACAAGGCGCGCUGGCUGCGGCGGAGGCCCGCGCUGGGCGGCUGCGCCGUGGCCAGGCCGAGGUGCGGCGGCGCGCGGAGGAGGCCCGGCAGGUGGUGCUGCGCAGCCUGCACCGCGUGCGAGAGCUGGAGGCGCUGGCGCGACAGGUGCCCGGCUUGCAGCGCUGGGUGCGGCGGCUGGAGGCGGAGCUGCAACGCUACAGGUCAGAGGACUCCCAGCUCCCAACCCCACAGUUAGCCAGCCCAGAGCCAGGAGACAAGAGUAAUGAACCUGAAGAUGCUGGGACCAGAGACCCAGACCCCACUCCAGAGGGAGCCUGGCAGUCAGACAGCAGCUCCGGAAGCAGAGCCCUGGAUGAAGUGGACGAGCAGCUGUUCCGAUCCGUGGAGGGCCAGGCCGCCUCUGACAAGGAGGAGGAGGAGGAGGAGAAGUGGCGGGAGGAGCAGAAGAUGCCGGCAGCUGAGGCCAAGACACUGCUGGCCCGGCUCUCCAGCUGCAGAGGCAGGUGUGAUGACCAGACGGCGGAGAAGCUCAUGACUUACUUUGGUCACUUCGGCGGUGCCGACCAUGCCUGCACCCUGGGGGAGUUGGAGGCCUGCGUUGCCAUGCUGGUGGAGCAGCUGAGGACUCAGGGCUGCGGUGGGAGGACCCUGGGGACCUCUGGGGAGGAGGCAGAGUUGCAGCAGAAGGUGGAAGAGAAUGAGCACCUGAGGCUGGAGCUGCAGAUGGUGGAGACUGAGAGGGUGCGGCUGUCCCUGCUGGAGGAGAAGCUGGUGGACGUGCUGCAGCUCCUGCAGAGGCUCCGGGACCUGAACAUAUCGAAAAGAGCCCUGGGGAAGAUUUUGCUGAGCACGCUGGACGCUUUCAAGGACCCCACCCACGUGGGGAGGCCCAGCCCCGCAGCCAUCCUGGAUGCCCUGCACCAAGCCUUGGCUGCCUGCCAGCUGUUGAGGAGACAGCCCUCCGCACCAGCCUCUGCAGCAGCUGCGCUCGCCAACCCCCUCCUCGUCUCCUGCUGAGGUUACUGGCCCAGUCUGUGGGCACCCUGCUCAGCCUGACUGCCUUUGGACCAGCCUCCAUGAUCAGCCCAACCACUGACAGCUGGUCUGACCACCGUCACAUCAUCAGAACUUGAGUCUGUGCUGGCUCCUUCCAAGGUUGAGCUCAAACCCACAGCCUCCCACUGCAGUGCCUGGAAGCCACCCCUUCCUUGGGCUCCUCCACAUUCCCUCGUAGCCCCUGCAUUCCUGCCACCAGAGUCCACAUUAAAGCCCUGCAGUUGCUGGAUCAGCCUGCACCUGAUGCUAUAUCUUUCCCCUGCCCUCAGGGCAGAGGUGCCCACUUUCUAACUGAGUCUGACCCCGAAUCUCUUCCCCAGGGUUUCAGGAUCUCCUCCCCUCCCAGCACUGUCUCCUUCCUCCCACCAGCAUGCCUGCUGCAAGGGAGACUGGGCCCAACCUUUGGGAUACCUGGUCUGUAGGAAAGCACUCCACACCCCAGGAAAUGUUGAUGACUAGGAAAGGCUGCGGGAAUUCCAAGGAAUAAUCACUGUAGGCUCCCUGGUGGAAGCUGGCCUUGAACCAGCUCUAGAAGACAGGUAGGAUUUAGGCAAAAGAGAAGGGAAGGGCAUAGAAUCUAAGGUAACCGCAAGAGCAAAGGUGUGGAACCAGCAGGGAGCCUCAGGAAUGCAGUGCUUGGAGCCCUUGCUCCUGAACACACACUAACUCCUGAACUGCCAGCCGCUCCUCCCGAACUGCGUCAUGGGGUUGCAAGAAGGCGUGGCCAAGAUGCCUGGUAUCACCUAGCUUAAACUGUCAUGAGAGAGAAAGAGCCAUUGCCAAACAGUGCCAUGGGGGUGAAACCAGUGCCAAAUGGAGGUAAAAUUAAGUGUUGUAAGAGCCCAA